AAACUGAGUCGUGAUCAUCCGGUCGAGCCGUGGGUGGAUUUUCUUCCCUGUUUACCUUCGCUCAGACUGUUGUCGUGCCAGCUUGCUGAGUGGCUACGUGGACGACUGGUAUUUAGGGGGUCGCGUCUGGUAACGUCGCGUGUUUUUGGACGUGUGUGAAAGACAAACGUCUCUGACACUCUGGGGACAUCCUCCGAGUGUUUAGACGAACAAGAAGCCAACCGUCGCUCACCAGGGUAAGCUAACAGCAGCACGACGUGACGGGUGGGGGUGGAUGUCAGUAUCUCGGCCCUCGGGAAGCGAAUAUAAAUACCGUCUCGGGAGUGUGUUGUGGGACAAUGACAGGCGCAGGAAGCAGAUAUAAUGGAGUCGAGGAGAAGACGUGUCGGUGGAUGAGUAUCGGUUGGACGAUCAAUAAAGAGGUGUAACGUUAGUUGAGCUCAGAGAAGCUAGUUGGUUCAGCUAAAGAGAUCAAGGAAGUUGACUAGCCACCUUGCUAACAAAUGUAUUACUGGACCAAGGGUCGUCUCAAAAAUCGGAGUUAAUUUACUCACAGAGCAGGCUGGUGAUGGCUAUUUUUAAAGCUGAAGUUUAGAAAGUCAAACAUUGCCGUGGGUUUUAACCAAAGCGCUCGCUAACGAGUGUUUCCCGCUAGCUCGUGAGUGGAGCUUAUUGUAAACAAAGGGUCCCGAGCUCCACCUGUCCAGCUACGCUACACCUCGAGAUACCGUUCACCUUUUUGUUUCACGGACAUUGUUGCCUUUUUCUUAAAACGGUGAAACUAACACCCAGACAUGGAUUUAAAGACGGCAGUAUUUAACGCAGCCAGGGACGGUAAGCUCCGGCUGCUUCAGAAGCUGUUGGAGAACAAAGAUGGACACGAGGUGACCAAGUUGAUGGGGGAGAAGACGAACGGGGCCACGCCGCUCCUCAUGGCCUCCCGAUAUGGCCACCUGGACCUGGUGGAGUACCUGCUGGAGUGCUGCAGCGCUCCUGUUGAGGUCGGUGGGUCGGUGAACUUUGACGGGGAGACCAUCGAGGGGGCGCCCCCUCUGUGGGCAGCCUCGGCGGCUGGUCACCUGAAGGUGGUCCAGUCCCUGCUGGGCCACGGAGCUUCUGUGAACAGCACGACCCUCACCAACUCAACCCCCCUGAGGGCGGCCUGCUUUGACGGUCACCUGGACAUUGUGAAGUACCUGGUGGAGCACAAAGCUGACCUGGAGGUGGCCAACAGACACGGCCACACGUGUCUCAUGAUCUCCUGCUACAAAGGACACAAUGAGAUAGCGCAGUACCUGCUGGAGAGAGGCGCAGAUGUCAACAGGAAAAGUGUAAAAGGCAACACGGCGCUUCAUGACUGUGCUGAGUCGGGCAGCCUUGAGAUCAUGCGGAUGUUACUGCAGUUUGGCGCGUCCAUGGAGCAGGACGGCUACGGCAUGACGCCCCUGCUGUCUGCCAGCGUCACAGGCCACACUAACAUCGUAGACGACCUCACGAUGCACCAGCAGACGAGCCCCACGGAGCGCAUCGAUGCCCUGGAGCUCCUGGGAGCCACGUUUGUUGACAAGAAGAGAGAUCUGCUCGGAGCGUUGAAAUACUGGAAGAGAGCCAUGGACCUCAGGUACAUGGACAGUAACUCCAUCGUCCAUAAAGCGGAAGCCAAGCAGCUGAUCAUGGCAUACGACUACGCCAGGGAGGUCACAAACGGAGAAGAGCUGGACGGGCUGAUAUCUGACCCAGAUGAGAUGCGCAUGCAGGCGCUGCUCAUCCGUGAAAGAAUCCUCGGCCCGCAACACCCAGACACGUCGUAUUACAUCCGGUACCGAGGUGCCGUCUACGCCGACUCCGGGAACUUUGAACGCUGUAUCAAUUUGUGGAAGUAUGCGUUGGACAUGCAGCAAAGCAACCUGGACCCGCUCAGCCCCAUGACGGCCUCCAGCCUGCUGUCGUUCGCUGAGCUCUUCUCCUUCAUGCUGCAGGACCGAGCCAAAGGGCUCCUGGGGACAUCGGUGUCAUUUGAGGACUUGAUGGGGAUCCUUUCCAAGAGCGUGUUGGAGAUUGAGCGGGCGGUUACACAAAAUGGACCCAUGCCUCCCGACCCUGCCCAGCUCAGCAAGGCCCUGUCAAUCAUCCUGCACCUCAUCUGUCUUUUAGAGAAGGUGCCCUGCACCGCAGAGCAGGACCACUUCAAAAAGGAAACCAUCUAUAAAUUCCUGAAGCUCCAGCCGUGUGGUAAGAACGGCUACAGUCCACUACACCUGGCAGUCGACCGCAACACCACCUGUGUGGGCCGCUACCCCGUCUGCAAGUUCCCCUCCCUCACCGUCACCUCCAUCCUUCUUGAGUGUGGGGCAGAUAUGAACAGCCGCGAUGAAGAUGACAACAGCCCCCUUCACAUAGCCGCGUCCAACGGUCACCCUGACAUCAUGAACCUGCUGAUAUCAUGCGGGACUCACUUUGACAGCACCAACGCCUUCCAACAAACGGCCUGCGACCUCCUGGACGAGAAGGAGCUGUCCAGAAACAUCAUCCAGCCCAUAAACCACACCACGCUGCAGUGCCUGGCCGCCAGGGCCAUCGUCAAGCACAGCCUCAUCUACCGGGGAAACAUCCCCGAGAAACUAGAGGCCUUCGUCUUGCUCCACAGAUAAUGAUUGUGAUGGAGAGGAGGAAGGGGGGGUGGGGGGGGCGUGAUCACAUCGAGUGGACUGGACAGACCCGAGGAGCAAUAUAGUUCAAGGUGUUUUGAGCUGAAAGACACUAUUUUUCUGGGUUAGGUUUGUGAACUCAAACUAUUUGGAUUGUAAGAACUUGAAGAUUCGUGUGAACAAAAAUGUCCUCAUUCAGCGAGAAGAAACUGAAAAAUGAUGGGCGUGAACGGAGGAGUGAGUUUCCGUUCUCUUCCCGUUUGCUCCUUCACGGAGCCACAGCUCUGACUGGCCUGACCUGUGGGGAAGCAUUUCCGAUGCAACGUGGACAAAUACAAUUGUCUCUGGAUGAACUGAGCAAGGGGUUUAUGUAAUUUUGCUUUAGAAUUUUUUUUUUUUUUUCUUUUUUGCAUAUUCCACUAUGCUAUUUAUUGAAUGAAACUUGAGAGAUUUAUCUCCAUGCUGGCUCCGACCCAGCUUCAACUUUGCCUGCUUCUCUCUUCUCAAAACAAGGGUUGAGGCAUUUCUACACAUGCUGGGACUUCAGGUUGUUUUUUUUUUUGUUUGUCCCAUCACUGUUGCCAACAGUCAUGGACCCUUCCUCACUCAUUAGGGUUUUCUUUUUGUUUUUUUUUGUACUUUUUACAAAAUAUUCAGUCAUCGUCAUGCAACUCUGGAUAUCUGCCAAGUGGUGUGGAUUCCAGACUGCUUUGUGGUUCCCACUUUAGUGUAUAACAAAGCUUUACGAGAGGGGGUUAAUGUCUGCGAACACCAUAAGUGCUUUAUUCUUCCUAUGCACAGGCUAGGCUGUUGGAAAGAGAGACUGUUGUAUUCUGUGCCGGCACUUGUCUGUGCAAUAUCUCAUGAGUUUUUGUGUUUACCUCAUUGCUGCCGUUUCCUUCAGUAUCCCCUUACUUCACCCAGAGAAGUGUGUGUGUGUGUGUGUGUGUGUGUGUGGGGUGGGGGGGGCGCAAAAAACAUUGUACCGAUUGUUGUAAGAAGAGUGAAUGAAUCUGACUGAUUGAUUGUGUGUGUGUGCGCGCGAGUGUCACGCAGUGUGUUUUCUUGUAUGCAGAGUGUUUUUUUUGAGCUUACACAAAUUAUUGAGGGCGAGAGUUUUGUCGGAGUGGCACUCAUGGAGAUUCCACAAUGCACAUGACUGCCACCAGAAGCCACAGCGGCCAAACUCUGUCUACAACCGCUGGAGCAGGCUUGUACACAGAAGUGACCUCUUAACGUUCAUACAUGGCCGACAUUUAAAUGCUGUUGUUCUUUUUAAUAAUCAUGAUCAAAAAGGACAAAAAAAAUCUAGAUAGGUUACCAACAUUGGGUCACUGUGCAUGUGCAGCAGCAUAUUAACCAACCAAUCACUGCAGAAAACCAUUCAUGAGAACUCCUAGACUCCAAAACUAGACUACAGCUAGGACCGUUCUACUCAUGUCGUCCAAUUGUAUGAGACCGGAGUGAGUGGGAGGACGCCUCGACGUACAGGACGGUAAAGCUUUGUGACUUAUCUCGUUUGCACAUUAGCUUUAGAUGUGUGGGUUGAAAAAAAAAAAAAAAGGGCUUUUCAUAAUUCAUAGGAUUUCAUAUCGCAGUCUAUUUAACCUGACAGUUCAAAACCAGACAUGGAAAAAUGUACGAGGACUCCCAGGGCAACUUGAUUUGAAUCUGCACUUUAUUACAGCGGAGUUUAAGAUUUGAUACGGCAUUAAUCAAGUUCAUGUCUUAAUAACCAGUUUGACAAUAAACUCAUGUUGCACUUG